ACAUUUUAGGUGAACAUCAUCAACACGAAUUUAAACAAACUAAUUCUGAUGAAGGACAAGUUCAAGAUCCUUUACCUCAGCAAGCACAAAGAGAAAGCAGAAACAAACAGAUUGAGACAGAAGUGGUACAGACAUGUACAAGAGAAGAUACGAUGGAGGCCAUAGCGCCCCAAAAGCUUCAACCUUUACUUGGCAGACAACUGGUUUGCAAAAAUCUAAAAAUAGAUGGCGAAUGUCUCAGUCAUGCCGCAUACGGAAGUACUGAUGUCGGAUUGUUUGUGUUCAAGGAAUAUGUGCGUGUAGGAAGAUUCUUUGAAAUUGAGAUAUUAAGCAUGGGGAAAAGCGGGUCUUUAGCUAUUGGUUUAGUGCCGGACGGCUUUCCAGAUAAUCUUCUACCGGGAUUAGGCCAAAAAUCCUAUGGAUACCAUUCAGACGGCAAAGUGUAUAAACAUGUCCCAGGAAGCAAAUCCGGUAUAAAAUCUGGAGAUGCAUGGAAAGUCGGCGAUCGAAUCAAGUGCAAACGUGAUCUGUAAGUAUUAAGUAUUUACAGAGUUGACCGUUUUUAAUGAUUUGCUUUAUAAAGAUUUAAACAGAAGAUUUCUAUUGUAAUGUAAUCUUAGCAUAAAAAUGCCGUCAAACGUUUAAAGACUUAUGUUUGUUUAUACUCUUGUCAAAUAAGGAUAAACCAUCAGUCAACAAUCCAAUGGUUUAUUAAAAGUUUAUCAAUAUAACAUA